AUGAGAGGCGCUGGUAUACUAUCUGCUUCAGUCCUGCUGUGCGGUGCUACGUUCGCCCAACUAGCAAGGCAACCCGAGCCCGCCGUUCAUUACCCUGAUCAACACCGACAUACACUAGAAACUUCCGCGGAUGAUACAAGCUCCCAGUCCGAUUUCCGUGGCUUCCAACUAUGGAGCGAAACUCACAAAUUUGACGCCAAAACGCUAGCAAAACUCAGCCCAGCAUGUAGGGCAUCCAUGACAGAGAGGAUUCAAUGUCACAAGAAGACGCGAUCAUUGGGGCGGCGAUUUGGGCGUCGAGAGUGGGGUCUGGGUCUGAGGAAUGACACACUCGGCGAUCUUGUCUGUGACAGCGGCUGCGGGGAGUCCAUCGCCGCAUAUUUUGAGGGCGUCGAGCGCGAUUGCACAACGUUAGAGGAAAGGCUCCUUAUUCCGGCCAAGCGGGGUGGGCAGUUGUGGGCAGGGUGGAACGAGACCUGUCUUAGAGAUGAGAAGACAGAGAAAUAUUGUGGUGGCGUAGUGCUCACUUACAUUAUGAUUGCAGAUGUUAUCGACGACUUCACAACCUCUCCCACCCAUGGAAUGCUGGUUGAAGAAAUUUGCUCCUUCUGCAACGUGCAACGGCACCAAAUGAUGCAAAAGUCCCCAUACUCCCUCUACGACAGAAAUUACAAAUUGAAACUUGAACACAUCAACUACGUCUGCAACCUCAACCACCCAACAGCCAUGCCGAAGCUCAUUGUUUCUGAAAGCCCACAUGUAGAGCGGACCUCGUACUUCGGGACCCCGCACUGCGCGAGCAGUCUUUCAUACACUACUUCAGCGGGCGAUACAUGCAACAGCAUCGCGACCCAGUUCAAGGUUGCCUCGGCACUUGUCAAAGGGAUGAAUUGGCAGCCUAUCGACUGUUUCUCUAUUCCUGAAGGUACGAGGGUGUGUAUCCCGUUUAGAUGUAAGACAUAUACCCUGAAGGAAGGAGAUACGUGCGACUCGAUUGAGAGGGAGUUGGACUUGGAACCGUGGUUGGUACUCCCAGCGAUUCGGGAGUAUAACCGUUGGGUGAAUGAGGACUGUUCGAAUCUGCAUGAGGCUAGUGACGCUCUUUUCGGGCAUGUUAUCUGUGUUGGCCCGACGGGUAACUCGGUCCUGGACGCGUAA